CCGACACGGAAGCGGAGCCCAGCUGUCAAACUCGCUGGUGAAAAUCGAGUUUCUUCUCUCGUUCUUGCAAGGAAACCAACCGAAUCUGUUUUCAAAAUGAGCUCCCAAUGCUGGUUGCCUCUGGAGUCUAAUCCAGAAGUCAUGACGAAGUUCGUCCGCUCUUUGGGAAUGAAGCAGAGCUGGCAGUUCGGGGACGUGUAUGGAUUGGAUCCUGAUAUGCUCGGGAUGGUGCCAAGACCUGUUUGUGCAGUGCUGCUCCUCUUCCCCAUCACAGAGAAGUACGAAGCCUUCAAGCAAGAAGAGGAAGAGAGGCUGAAGAGUCAGCAGCAGGAAGUCUCCACCGACAUCUACUUCAUGAGACAAACGAUCGGCAACGCGUGCGGCACGAUAGGAUUAAUUCACGCGGUGGCCAACAACCUGGCACGCCUGGAAUUUGAACCUAACUCUGUUCUGAAGAAGUUUCUGGAACUCACCUGCCAAAUGAGUCCGCAGGAAAGAAGCGCCUUCCUGGAGAACGAUGAGAGUAUACGUAUCACACAUGAAUCCAGUGCACAGGAGGGACAGACUGAGGCACCGAGCUUAGAUGAGAAAGUCAACCUUCACUUUAUAGCUUUUGUGAACGUCGGCGGGCAAUUGUACGAAUUAGAUGGGCGUAAACCUUUCCCCAUUCUUCACGGGAAAACUUCAGAAGAUACUCUCCUCGAGGACGCUUCGGAGGUUUGUAAGACCUUCAUGGCCCGGGACCCGCAGGAGGUCCGCUUCACCAUCAUCGCCCUCUCCAAAGAUUCUUACUGAGGUCAUCCCGUGAGCGAAGGGAACAUUUUUACUGCCAAAACAUUCUCAAGUGCUGACUUGAUCUGCGUCGUCAACCGAGCUCUGCUCCUGAUUCGUGGGAAGCUAAUGAACUUUUUUUCAAUUAAAACACAAAAAAACUCUUCCACUAAACACUUUGCCGCAGUUGGAUGAGAUUCUUCGGGAGGUGCUCCCCGCGCUGGCUUGUUAUUGCACUAAAAUGUUUACAUAAUUGAGCACAGUUUUCGGCCGCCACUGACGACGUCACGAAGCGCUUACUAAUCGAGCGCGUGUCCUUGCGAACGCUGCCGACGGUUUUUGUAAUCAUUUCAAACACUUGUCAAUUAAAAGCUCCAUGUCAUGGCUUUGUGUUAUGAUG